AUGGCCACCACGCUUCUCGAGUACCUUACCCAGCCUAACCCGGUAGUUGACAACAGCAACUCCCUGAAAGGACUUCCAACCAAAUGCGUGCCCAAAGAGGACAUUCAAAUUGUUAGUUGGGAUGACUUUACGUAUGAAACCUUGAUUUCGUGCUAUGGCGCCGUUUUGGCUACUCGGUUUAACAGACCAUUUCCUGAAAUUUCCCCUCCCCUACGCCGUAUUGAAGGCGAGGUAGUUGAUGAAGAUUCCCUUGACCACCUCCUAACUCGAUCGAUUGCAUCCAUUGUCAAUGAGAGCCUCCGAAUAACCUGGAGGGCGUUUUACUCGGAUUACCCUAAUUUGGCUAUUGAUAUGACUCGUGGAGGUCGAGCAAGGGCCUCCCAGAAUAACCCGGACAUUCCUCGUCCGCCGCACGACAGGCAACAGGCAUCUUCAGCUUCUACCGAUCAUACGCCUGUAUUUCCUGACUGGGCUGGAGUACAAGCAGAUUUGGGUCCAGUAUCACAUCUUAAUCUAUGCCCAGGGGAUACAAAGCUGUCAUCAAAAUGGAAAUCCGACAUAGAUAUGGACAAAGAAUAUCACGACUGGCCUUAUGCUCAACUUAUCAAAUACUGCGGGGAAACUUGGAAUACCAGAUACGGAUAUUUGAUUACCGACAAAGAGCUUGUUGUUCUACGCAUCUCAAGGGCAAUGAUUCCGUCAGGAAUUGCGAAUAAGAGGUCCCCACGCAAUGUUGCUUCUCAGCCCUCUCGCCCAAUGGGACAGGACAGUCCACUCUUUGUAUCUUCUAGCCCCCCAAGCAUUCGGUCCUCUCCUGCACGCCAGGGCCAUCUGCGAAACAUAUCAACUUCUUCCGUCGCUAGCGCUAUGUCAAUAGACCAACCCUCAAGCCGGCCUCGACAACUUUCCAUUGCUGCUAGCUUCUCUUCACUCUCCAUGAGUGAGGCGAGCGAACACGCUCCGGGUAGCGAACGAAUGUCGAGCAGUGCUCACAUGCCCAGCAGUCAGUCAUACAGAGAUGACGGUCGAGGUGGGGAGUACAGGCCUGUGGAGAUGAAGAGUAUUCCGUGGAAUAAUUCAGGAAAGGGAAAAUUAACGGUCAAACUUGCUCUAUGGUGGAUCCAUAUGAUGGCAGCUGCACCUGGAUGUGAUACUACAAUUGGACCGGAGUACCCACACAUGGAUUCUUGGGUGCUUCGUCCUCACGAAGGAGACUACCGUCAUACCACAACUGGGCUGCUUUCUAAGAAACUUCCAAAAAAUGCUAAAGAAAUAUCACCUCGUCGAGCAGCUCAAGGCAUAGUGACACCGCCACGCCAACGACAGUCUUCAGGCUCGCCACCUGCAGGGCAUCUAUCCUCCCCUAAUCAACCAUCUCCUCAAUAUCCUACUAAAGAAGAGAUUACUGGGAUGUGCUGGAUACCAGAGCGGUCGAGGUGGCAGUACCGAACAAGACGUGGCUCUGUGGGUCUCAUACGCCACGGAGUUCCGAUCCGGAGUAGUGAUGGAGGUUAUUAUUACAUACGACGGACACGCGAAGGAGGUUCUCAAUGGGUACGAGCCGAAUCCGAAGAAGAGGAAGAUGAAGAGGAAGAUGAAGACGACGACAGUGAUGAAAAUGAGUCUAGCAGAAAUCUUCCUCCGGCAUCUAGUAAGUAUCGGAGGUAUUAA